AGCGGGCGGAGAGAGGGCCGCGGGCGGGCUGGCCCGGGUGCGCGCGGGGUGGCGACUCGGCCGGCGCCGGGCAGGCAGAGCGGCGCGCGCGGCUGGCCGAGAAGGCACGGCUCCAAACCCCUGUGAGAGCUCCGGCGGGUCCGUGGUCAAGCUCGGGCUCCACCGGAGUUCGAUCGCGGGGAAUGUGGACGGAUACCCCGGACCAGGGCUGGCACAGAGGAGGCAGCCUGGGGAAGGCUCAUCCUAGCUGACUUCCUGUGACCCAGAGCCCCAGCUGUCUCCACCUCCCUGUCUCUGGAGCCCACGGCAUUGCCUGCCCUGAGAAAUGCUGGAAGCUGGGCGAGGCCCCAGGCUGGAGGACCUGUUUUUCCUGUUUCCCACAGAGCUCCCUGCAGCUCGGUCCAGGCCUGUGCAUUCAUGAGUGAGGAACCUGAGCUGGAGCUGAGCAUCCUGACAUCAAGAGCAGGGGCUGGUCAGGGCCAUGGCCACAGGCCCGGACACCUGGAAUGGCACCACCAAUGGCACGUGGGAUGGGGAUGAGCUGGACUACAAGUGCCGCUUCAACGAGAGCUUCAAGUACGUGCUGCUGCCCGUGUCCUAUGGCGUGGUGUGCGUGCUCGGGCUGUGUCUGAACGCCGCGGCGCUCUACGUCUUCCUGUGCCGCCUCAAGACCUGGAACGCCUCCACCACGUACAUGUUCCACCUGGCCGUGUCGGAUGCGCUGUACGCCGCCUCCCUGCCCCUGCUGGUCUACUACUACGCCCAAGGUGACCACUGGCCCUUCAGCACCGUGCUCUGCAAGCUGGUGCGCUUCCUCUUCUACACCAACCUUUACUGCAGUAUCCUGUUCCUCACGUGCAUCAGCGUGCACCGGUGCCUGGGCGUCCUGCGCCCGCUGCACUCGCUGCGCUGGGGCCGGGCCCGCUACGCCCGCCGGGUGGCGUUCGCCGUGUGGGUGCUGGUGCUGUCCUGCCAGGCCCCCGUGCUGUACUUCGUCACCACGAGCACCCGAGGCGACCGCAUCAUCUGCCAUGACACCUCGGCACCCGAGCUCUUCGGCCACUUCGUGGCCUACAGCUCUGUCAUGCUGAGCCUGCUCUUCGCGGUGCCCUUCGCCGUCAUCCUGGUCUGUUACGUACUCAUGGCUCGGCGGCUGCUAAAGCCGGCCUACGGGACCACCGGCGGCCUGCCACGGGCCAAGCGCAAGUCCGUGCGCACCAUCGCCAUUGUGCUGACUGUCUUCGUCCUCUGCUUCCUGCCUUUCCACGUCACCCGCACCCUCUACUACUCUUUCCGCUCGCUGGACCUCAGCUGCCGCACCCUCGACGCCAUCAACUUGGCUUAUAAGGUCACCCGGCCGCUGGCCAGCGCCAACAGUUGCCUCGACCCCGUGCUCUACUUCCUGGCUGGGCAGAGGCUUGUGCGCUUUGCCCGGGAUGCCAAGCCACCCACAGACCCCACCCCUCCCACCCAGGCUCGCCACCGGCUGGGCCUACACAGGUCCUACGGAGCUCACGCUGACAGGACAGAAGACUCGGCCAGCCGUGAGAACUCCAGGGGGACAGAGUCCUCACUGGCUGGUAGUGGCGCUGACACUAAGGACGUCUGGCUGUAGGAGCUGAACCCCGGUUCAGGUUUACAUGAGAUGGGGCUGUAGACUUGUUCAAACGGGACAGUCUCCCCACAUAUGCACCAUCAGCGCCUCGGGCAGGGUGGUCAAGGGAGCUGUGACCCCAGUGCUCUGUCAUUUGAGCAGGACUCAGCCUGUUCUCUGUGGUCCAGAAAGCGUGGCGGUCCCCACACCCUUAGUCACCAUUUGUAUGUGUGGGGUAGGGAGUAAGAUCUUAAGAAGAGAGUUCAGGGACAAUGCCAGCCCUGGCCUGACUCCCACAUAAAUACCUGGCUGUGCCUGCCAGGGUCCCCAGGCUGGGCUCCAGCCUAAUCAAGUCAAAUGGAGAAACAGGCUCAGAGAGGAAAGCGACUUCCCGAGGUCACACAGCCAAGCCUGGGCCUGAGCUGCCUGGGAGGGGUGGGGUUGCAAGUUGACCAGAGGACCCUGGUAAGGGGUAAGGGCUGAGCCAGCGGUUCCCAUGAUGAGUUGGAGUGGUCUGAGUGCCACCUUGGGCUUGGCUCUGAGGAGUACCCUCAGUCCAAGGGAUGCAUGUCUGGAAACUGAAGUCAUAAAUCUAUCACAAACAGUUUAUGAUGAUAUAAACUGAUACUAAAGGUAUUGUUACUGCUGAGCCAGGCCCCGUUGUAUAGUUGGAGGAUGGGGUUACAGCCUGGGAAGCUCUCGCUGUGCACACUGCUGUCCUUUUUCCAACCUGCUCUUUUCUGCUGCCUGGCUUCCCACCAGCUGCCUUAGAGGUGGUCUCGUAUGACGAAUAGCCUCCUCUACUCUAAAGUUAACUGACUUUUCUGCCUGAUUUUGCUGGCUGCAGAGGGUCCCAGUCCUUAGGGUCCCCCCAGUUUAGGAUUUAAUGGCAAUAACCAUUAAGUGCUGAUAAAUGUUAAACCAUUUAACUGACUGUCCAGAGAGGGUGCAGGGAAUCCCUGAUUUGUAAACACUGCCAAUAGCUGUGGUACAAAUAAUCCUAGCAGGGCCAGCUUCAGACUACCAGUGGAAUGUCAGCCUCCUUGCAAAAUGCCUGAAAAUUUAGCAGUUGGCGCUUGUGAACAGGUACAAGUUUCUGUAGCACACCGCUGGAUAACAUGAAUGGUUGGGGCUGUGGACUGUGCAUCAGGGAAAGCCUCCUGGAGUGGCAGGACUCCGAGAAGAACACUUCAUCAGAGAAGAACAUGAAAGUGCAGGUGCCAGCUAGCUCCAGCCUUUGGGCAGGAAUAGGAGAAGGAAAUGGCAGCCCACUCCAGUAUUCCUGCCUGGAAAAUCCCAUGGACAGAGGAGCCUGGUAGGCUACAGUCUAUGGAGUCGCAAAGAGUCGGACAUGACUGAGCGACUUCAUUUUCACUUUCACUUUCAGGGCAAAACUGACCUCACUUUUAACUUCAAGAAUAAGAAUUAUCUCUCUCUCCCUCUGGGAAAGCCCUCCCCUGAUGGGCCCACUCUGCCUGAUUUCCCCACUCCGCCUCCACCUACCUCCAGUGACUUCUCCACCCUUCCCACUCUGCCUCGUCAAAACGGCACCCUCAGGGUUGCCCUAUUUAGGGUCUAGCUCCAGGGCUCCCCCGUGUGACAGGGACCUGUCAUGAGCCAUGACCCCGACCAUUACUCUGCAUUGUGUAAUGUGGGUGACUUGCCCAAAGUAGUGUGGAAUGCUCACCUCCAGCAUUCUAGGUUACUUCUGUUAAUAUAGCUGGGAUCCAUAUGAUUAUCUUUGUGAUGAUCUCUUAGAGUCUGUCCUUGAACCUUUCUUGCAGGCCUGAGUUUCCUACCAGCUGCUGCUCAGGCUGAACCCCAUCUCAGUUUAUAAGGAGCCUCUACCCAGGUGAGAUGCUCUACUGACCAGGAGUGUUGAUGCUGAGCUCUGACUCCCUCAGCCCUGCUCAGACCCAGAGGCAGGGAGUUAUAUGUCAUGACUUUGGGGACCCUUGAAUGUCCAUCUGCAGUUGGGGAUGGGACUGUGUCCCAUAGGCCCAAGUUCCCCUGGUCCCCACACCUUUCAUGUCCUGCCCACUUACCCCUCCAGCAGCUGUCCUGAGACCCUGAGAACUGAGGACUCAGCGUCCGCAGCACAUGAAGACCACACUAUGGCCUAGCCUCAGGAAGCCUUCCUUGAAACCAGUGCCUGGAGAUGUCUAAGGACACAGGACCUACGGGACAGGAGGAGUUUACUCACCAUCCAAUCCUGUGGCCGACACUGGCGGGGGUGGGGAAUGGAGACCCUAAGAGAACCAUGGACAGGCCCAGGGCCCCAUCUCUGGACCCUGGUCAGACUGCCUGGCCCCUUGUUGUGGACAUUGGGCCUUGCUGCUCAGUGGGCAGGCCACCCUCCUUGAGGGCGGGUUCCCGACCCUGUUGCCUUAUACUAUUUUCAGCCAAAGUAAGAGCAGAAUUUUCCACUCCUGGCCCCAGACCAUUGUCCAGCAGUGACGUGGAGGGACCUGUCUGCUCUCAAAAUAUCUCCUCUUACUCUGUGGGCCUCCCUGCCCUUUCCCCACCUCCUCAGCCUGACAUCACUUCCUGGGGCUGUUGACUCCGGAAGGCCAGUGUGACAGGGCGCAGCCCCUGACAGACCCUGGGGACUAUCAACUCAGCUACAGACUUAAGGCCAGAGAGGGGCGGGGCCUUGCCCAAGGUCACCUGGCAGGUCAGCGUGGCGCCUGGCUGUGCGCCAGGGGCUUGGACCGCCCCAGCUGCUCCGCUCCCGCUCCGUUCGGUGCAGGUCAGUGCCUCUGUGGGAAUCCUGCCGUCACCCCCACCACCCCAGCUCUCCCCGCCUCUGAUGGAGCUAGGGAGCUAAAGCCAGGGACUUGGGGCCCUGGGGUGGUCGGGGAACAACUGGGAGAAGGAAACGCCUGCUGAGUGGCCAGCAGCAGCUCAGCUCAGGGAGCUCCAUGCAGCAGGGGCAGGGGCCCUGGCACAUAGAGGUCUCUUCUCUCGUUGGCAGUAGUCCUGGGGCCCAGGAGGGACACUCUGACCCUCCAAAGGCUAGGAAAGGCCCUGGGUAACAUGCCCUCCAGACACAACUACUCCAAUCUUGGCAGGUCAGGCCACCAAAGCUACCUCUUUACCAUCACCCUUGUCAUGGAAGAUUUGGGUGGAUGUAAGAGUCAGGCACCUAAGGAAGGGAAUCGAGAUAUUGACCUAUGUCCCAGGCACCAGGCAGGGCCCUCUUACAUCCAUUGUAAUAUUUCUUCACCACUACCAUGUGAGAUAGACAGUAUUAUUCCCAUUUAGCAAAUGAGGGAACAGGCUCUGAGAGAUGAGGACUUGCUCCAGGUUUUACAGACAGUAAAUGGGGAGUCAAGACUGAGUUCACUUCCAUCCGAUGCCCUGAGUAGUUCCCUUUCCAGUGUCCCCUGCCACUUGCAGUCCCUGUGGGGCAGGAGAGUUUGUAAACAACCCUUCAACCUUCAUGUGAUUCAGGAUGAGAGAGGCGCUCCAGUGAGGAUGAGGUUAAGAGCACCAAUUCUCUGCCCAGACCACCUGCAUUUGAGUGUCUCCACUUUUCUUCAGCUGUGGCAUCUUGGGCAAAUCACUGAAUCUUGCAGCCCCUCUGUUUUCUCAUUUCCAGAAGGAGACACUACCUCCCAUGUAGGGCAUUGGGAGGCCUGAAUCAAUACACAUGCACUGAUAUCAGAGGCUGGAACAUAAGCAUUUACACGUCGGGCACUGUGCCACGGGGAUAUGGAGGCGAACCAGCUGGCCCCUGCCCCUGUGGAGUUCACAUAAUUUAAUAUAUAACCACACUGGGAUAAGUGAUUUGAAGGAAAGGACUGUGUGUCCGGCCAGUGAACAAUAGGGUGUCCCCUGUGGGCGAGGCUUCCUCAGGAUGUGGGGGAAGGGAGCAGUCCAUCCUGGGUUGAGGGUGGGACCACCCUCUGCCCUGCCUGGCACUGGGUGGCACUCAGGCUCGUGAGCUCGUGUGUGUUUACAGAGCCUUGUCUGGGUGAUGGGCUGUGGAAGGGCUUCAGGGAGAAGUGACAGUGGGGGAUGAACAGGAUGCCCUUGGUCUUCCAAAGGGCUCCCCCUCUCUGGCAGCAAGACUUGGCCCUUUCUUCUUGACUGGUGGUCCCCACCAGGGCACUGCAGCCACUCCUCGGUUUAUCCAAGAAUCAGAGACCCAGGGCUGGAGGACCAACCUGGAGCUGGGCCAGAGCAGGCAACAGAUGGCCAGUUUUUGCUGUGUGACCUGAGUCCAUAUGCCUGCCCUCUCUGGGUCACUCUGUAGAGGCUGGAGACCUUGCCUCCCACACACCAGUUCUCCCUAACUUAGGGCAUCAGCAGCCUAGAUUUUUCAUCAAAGACAGAGCUAACAGUUGUCCCCCCAGGCAUUGCUAGGACCCAUGAGCCCUCAGUUCUGAGAACUAGAGUGGGGCAGUGGGUCUCCCCUGGCAUCAAGUGAGCAGAAAGAUGAAGUGACUCCACUGGUACCACACGGUGCCUUGGAGUAGAGCCAGCUGAACGUCAGACGCUUCUGCCCUCUGUGGGGUGAGGCUGGAGCUUGGCCAGGAGUGACUGGGGUGACAGGUGAGGGAUGCAUUUGCCUUCCCCAUGGGUAUGUACUUGAGGUGGAGGGUGUGAGGGUGAGGGAAAUGAGCCCCAGAAACCAAACUCAUCCUCCUCUGCUCUGCUGUGCCAUGUGACAUGGUGAAUCUCCUUUUCCUCUCUGGAUCUCAGUUUCCAAUUUCCCCAUAUGCAAUGACCUUGGCUCUGCCCAUCCACCCCUCAGUGGCCCCAGCCUCUUCAAGAAGGCUUGCCCUUGUCUUGGCUUCAAGUCAACCAGGUGUCCAGUCCCAACCCCAUCUCAGCCAGGAACAAUGGACCAGACCACGCCAACUCCCAGGGGCUCACCCAUGACUAUUUUCAGCCCUUGAAGUCAGAAAAGGAUUUUUCAUUCCCAGCACAAUGGCUGCCCUAUACCAUUGUCUGGCAGUGACCAGGGCAUCUGUCUGCCCCAAAAUAUCUCCCCUGCAUCUACCUUCUGGGCCUUCCUGCCCUGCUCCUCACCUUUCAAAUUUGACAUCACUUCCUGGGGCUGUUACUCCUAAACACCACUGAGAAACAGCAUGUGAGUCUCUUGGGAGACAUGACCAAUUAGAAUCAGUUUUUCCUCUUGACAGGGACCCCCAGGGAUUAUUUGGCUGCAUGGAGGGACUGGAGACCCAGAGAGGGCUGUGCCUUGCCCGAGGCCAAGCAGUGAUUAGUGCGGAGACUAAACAUGAGACCAGGGCUCUCUGGCUCCUUCCACUGCCUCAGCUGCCUUCCUCAGUGCUGGUCUGUACCCGCUGGGAGGAUCACUCACCUUGGUAGGCCUGGGGCAGGCAUCCUGGGAAGAAGCCUGGGUGGUGUGGGUGGGAGGGAGGCUUCUGACCUGGGAGCUCCCCAUUCACCCUUCCGGGAAAGGAAGAGGUCGGGGGACACAGGGAAGCUGAGGCAGGAAGAGCAGGGUUCCGGCCCAGUUCAGCCACCAUCAGCUCUGUGAUUGCAAACUCAGUUUCUUCAUCUGUAAAAUGGAACUGAUCAUACCACCUUUCCAAGUUUACUGAACAGUGAGCGUGCUGUAAGGCACAAACACGCAACUUUCACUUUCCUCUCAUCGAUGCUCUCUGCUCAGUAAUGUCUAAUUUCCCUUUCCAUCCAUGAACUGCAUAUUUGGCAAACUCCAAAACUUUGAGUCACUCUUGGGUAACAACUAAAGUUCAGUCCAGUUUAAAGUUCUAGUUGCCUUCUGAAUUUGCUGCUCCCUCCUCCUCUCCCCCAGUGCUGGCAGGACCCUGCUCCCCAUCCUUGGGGUGCCCCUCUCCUCUGGGUGUGGGGCAAGGUGAGGCGGAAAGGGGCCAGUGGGUCAUCUCCAGGACUGCCCCCGCCCUCUCCUGCUGCCCUUGCUUCCCUGGCCCUGGCAACCGGACAUCAGUGCCGCUCUGCACAGACUCCCCACAAACACCAGACCACACAUUCUUUUGCCAGACUCCUUUUAAGAAAUAUUUACUUACUUAAAUUGGAGGAUAAUUACUUUACAAUAUUGUGAUGGCUUUUGCCAUAAAUCAACAUGAAUCGACCAUAGGUAUACAUGUGUCCCCCACCCUGAACUCCCUUCCACCUCCCUUCCCACCCCAUCCCUCCAGGUUGUCUCAGAGCACCGGCCCUCGGUGCCCUUCCUCAUGCGUUGACUCGGACAGCAGACCACACUUUUGUAAGAGUCUCUUCAUUCAACUAUCCCAGAGUGACCAAUUUGUGCCCCAUCUUUCCUGCUGAGAGUCUGAAAUGAUACACCCCAGACUCCCUCAGUGAUUUUCCUAGAGCAUCUUUCGCCUGGCCUGGGGGUGGGAAGGCCCUUGUCCAGCCCCCUCCCCACUCCCACUCUGUUGUGAAUUCACAACUGCAGAGAUGUCAGGUGUUGAGCUUGUAGAGUCAAGAAAGGAAGUGGUAGGGAGCUGGGGUAGUAACCUGAAAAGCUAUCUAACCCCAGUUGUUUCUAGGUUUCUUUAGUAGGUGGAUAUUCUACCCCUCUGUAUCCUCAGAUUUAUGUCCUGGAGCCAAAUUCCAAAUCAGCAGCCACAUGAAAAGUCCCACUUCAUUGUGGGAUUAAGCUGUUAGACCAGCCUUUGUGACCAAAUCAAUUGCACAAUGUGGGGGAGGAAAUUAAAAGUCAUCAGACAGCC